UCACAGUUAUGGUCAGAACUAUUCUACAAAUUACCUUCGGGUAUUUCCAGGAGUUUUGCACGAACGUUUCUGAAGUGCUGGAAUUCUCCAUCUCGAACUCGAAAAGGAGGUGAUGCAGCCUAUACAGAUAAGUCCAAGACCUAGCAUACAACUACCAAUACAGUCCAAAACAUUCACGAUAGCUCCACAAUAAAAGCGUGCAGUGGGAAGAAUAUACUAUUAUACUAAACUAUUACCGCAACACAUACUGGCCACUGUUUUUCUAAAGGUCGCAAUUCAAAUCCAUUCAAUAUGGCCACGGCGAAGCGCUUUCACUGUUAUCAGGCUACUUGUUGUCUGGAAAAGUAAAUACCCUACCAUGAUACAAGUAUUAUAACAUCUGAAUACUGCGAUGUCAGAUAGCAACUGAACUGCAUGUCAGAAUAGAGAAUUAUCUAGGACUAUAAUCAACUAGCUGAAUAAUCUGCGUGCCCACCAAAUGUUCGAGUAUCCAACGUGUUCAAAACAACUGUCAAAAUAUUAUCGGUGAAGCCUUCCGUCAAUCCGGAAGGACAUAAAUGCUUGACAAGUGCUGUCACUCUACUAGUUGGCUGUUUCGUUAUUAACACACGAAAUCGUGUUGGUAGACAGAAAUCUGCUGUGCGGGUUUAUUUAGAGGAGGCACAAAGUUAGGCAAUUUUAACCUGUAGCUUAAACGCCUUCAAGGCUCCAUCAUUACAAGUAUGCGGACUUUACGAAAGCUACUGGCAGCGAUGCGCAUUAAUCGACCUUGCAAGUAACACCGGAGAGAAAAGAGAUGAUGCCUAACGACAACACUGAAGAUCACCGAAGCUCUGCCUAAGGUUGACCUGUCCGUCUCCUGGGUCGUACACAUGCCCGAUGGCCCAGUUUACGCAACAGCCGGCUCCUCCAUAGUUCUCCCAUGUUCCUACGACUUUCCGGAAGAGUCUCCCGCAGGACACCAUUACAAGGUGCUCUCUGAGAUGUGGUGCUUGGACCAGAGUCAUUGCAUCACACCGAGGUACGUGUACCACAGUGCUGGGAUCUUUCCGGAGCCGACGUACCAGGGUCGAGUGGAGUACCUGGGCAGGUUGGGAAGCAGGAACUGUUCCCUGAGGAUCUCUGAGCUCAGGGUGUCUGACAGUGGUGUCUAUGUGUUUUGCUUCAUCACGGACCACCCAGUGGCCAAGCUGCCAGGACAGAGGGGGCUUACACUCCUAGUAACUGUUGAAACAGCCGAGUCAUCAAAGGGGAGCGCUGUGGUAUGGAUACUUGGCUGUCUGUUGGCAGCCAUGGUGGUUGCAGGGGCAGCGUUAUACUGCAGGAGGAGGUCCCUUCAAAGAUCAUAACAGAUAAUGACUAUGACAUAAAAACCCAGAGUAAGAAGAAAUAACAGUGAAGCCUGGUAGAGGUGUUACAUUAAGAUUGGGCAUUUAUCUAAAAGACUAACCAAAAAUGACAAGAUGAGGCGAAUUUGACCCCUAUAAGAUGGAAUCAUUGAAAAUCAGCUCAAUACUUCAAAGAUAUUAAACAUUGUAAAGUGAUAUAAAUGAAGAAUGUAUCAAGAAGGAUUUUUUUGUAUUUCUCUGUUGUCUCACACCUUAUGUUCAACUGUAUUGUAGACAUAUGACUUUGAUAUGUGCACAAAGUACAGUUUUUUAGUUUGAGUUUAUUUUAAUUGUGACCAACAUUAACUUAACAACAUUAACAUCUCAGUACUGAAUAAUGUGUUUGCAUGGUGUAUUUGAUCACUUUUUCACUUCACUAGGGUAGAGUUUUUCAGAGGUCUAGUGUGGUGGAAAAUAUGUGAAUGAAAACUCAACAACCUGUGUGUGUAGACUAUUAACAAUCAGUAUAAUAACCAGUGUGUGUAGAAUGUUAACAAUCAGUAUGGCCUCUGGGAUAUUCAUGAUAGCAAGCUGUUAGAACUGCUAUGCCACUACAUAAUGAUUUAUACCGUUGAUGUGAAUUGCAUUAUGGGUACUCUUUGUUUAAAUAUGUAUCAAGUCUGGACAUACUGAUGUAUGGAGAGUCUUACUGAACUCUCCGCAUGCCAGCUGAGGGCCUUGAGAGCCUUCCCUGUCCUACUGCACACUCAUCUUUAUCUUAAACUUGGCACAUUUUAGGCUCCCCUGUCCCGCUGCACCCGCAUUCUUCUCCUGAAUUGGGCCGUUUCCAACCAUGGGUUGCUUUAGAAUAUGCCGGGUGCGAUUGUUGGGCCUCGGCCAUAAGGGGGAGGCACUGAUGGCUGACCAAAUAUGACAUGAAAACAUUUCCGGGCCCCCAAUACUCCAAUUAAAAAGCAAUAUACGUACUGUAUAUCCUAUGGGGAGGGUCAUAGGUGGUUUAGGGUGACAAAAGGUUCUCUUCAGAUGUAUAAAACAGAAUGCAAAACUCUGUAAACUCAGUAUUGUCUUGCUGACUUGCUCAGGUUUACGCUGUUGGUAUUGCACUGGCAAAAUAAACCUUUUUUGAUCCACAC